UACGAACUUGUGACAUACCAUAGAAACCUGUGAAAAAGUUCUUCCGCGGUAGCCAAGACAUUCUUCGCGCGCUGGCGCAUUCAUUUAAAAGUGAAUGGUGGAAACUCUUCGAAUUCUCGAUGUGUCAGUUCUUCACGGACCGUGGUGAUAGACUAAAUCGACUGGAUUGGGAUCGCAGAAACCACGCGAACGACGAUUUUAUAAAGGGUUUUUCGAAAAUGAGAUACAAAAAAUUGAUGUGAAAUAUUCGUGAUUAAUUUAUAGUGGUGUAGUUCGGUUGAUUUUUUGUAGGAAGUAAAUAGAAAGGAGGAUAUUAUUUUAGAUAUGACUUCGAAUGGCCUCAGAAAUGACACUUACAGCGAUGAUAAUUUAUCAGACGACGAAAGUGCCCCCUUGACUGAAAAUAUCUACAGCGGGAGCACAAGGACUGUACAAGAAACGAAAGGAUGGGACGUAUUCAGGGAUCCUCCCAGAAAGGAAAUUUCUGGUUCUAUGGCCAAUCAGAAAUGUUUAGAAAUCUCAGUGAUAAUACUCAAAGCUGUAGCUUAUCUAGUGACUUUCAUCAUAGUUUUAGCUUCUGGUGUUAUAGCGAAAGGAACGCUUUUGUUCAUGGCGUCGCAACUUAGAGUAGAUAAAGUUUUAGAAUAUUGUAAUAAGGAUUUAGGGAGAGAAAAACAAUUCAUAGUUAAAUUACCGACACCAGAACGAGUGGUAUGGAUGUGGUGUCUGUUUUUCGCAUACUGCAUCCCCCAAUUAGGAGCCCUGUUUCGUUCUACGAGAAUGUGCUACUUCAAAUCGUCGAAAAAACCGCAGUUUUCGCACUUUUUAAUCAUUUUCAUUAUGGAAACGGCCCACACGAUCGGCGUAGCUAUCUUAGUUUUUCAUAUUUUACCGGAAAUAGACGUAGUUAAAGGAGCCAUGUUAACUAACUGCCUUUGCUUCGUACCUGCCGUUCUAGGUUUACUUUCUAGAAAUAACAAAGAAUCUCAAAGGUACCUCAAAGUAUUGAUAGAUCUCGUCGCGAUAUCUGCCCAAGCCACCGGGUUCAUCGUUUGGCCCAUAAUGGAAGGACGACCCGAUCUGUGGAUCAUACCGAUUGCCAUCUUUCUAGUAUCCAUGGGUUGGUGGGAGAAUUACAUUUCCAAAAACAGUCCGAUUCCUUUCAUAAAAAAAUUGGGCAAAAUCAGGGAGCAGUACGAUCAAACCAGAUAUUUCACUUACAUGUUUAUAUCGGUUUGGAAGAUUAUUUGUUUCUUCGUUACCAUAUUGUUCGUUAUACUGGCCAGAGAAGGAGAAAUUGGCUUCUUCUUCACGGAGUUUUCAGAAGGAUGGGGAGCUCACCCUAUCACUAUAUUAGAGAUCAAACCAGUACUGGGCGGUACUUCUUUACCGGAUAUAUCCGAGAUAAUACCAACCGGCGACGACACUGUGAUCCAAUCCAACGACAUGACCCCAAUCUACGUUUUGCUCAUCAACGUCUGCGCGUCAUAUUUAGCAUACAUUUUCGGAAAAUUCGCUUGCAAAAUCAUGAUACAAGGUUUUUCUUACGCGUUUCCGGUGAAUCUAACAAUACCGGUAUCCAUAUCUUUACUGAUAACGGCUUGCGGGUUACGGAACGGGGAUCCGUGCUUCUUCCACGAAACCAUCCCCGAUUAUUUGUUCUUCGAAUCGCCCCCGGCGGUGUUCCUCAACGAUUUCAUAUCCCACCAGCACGCUUGGGUGUGGUUGCUGUGGCUGCUGUCCCAAACUUGGGUCACCAUCCAUAUUUGGACCCCGAAAUGCGAACGUUUAGCCAGAACCGAAAAACUGCAAAUCGUUCCGAUGUACGACGGUUUCCUGAUCGAUCAAAGUUUGGGCUUGAAUCGACGUCGGGACGACGGAUCCGACGUCAAACCGGAAGAUCUCGAUGAAAUACAAAAGGAAAAAGCCGACGAAUACUACGAGACUAUUUCUAAUCACACGGACGGUUCGUCUCCGAAGAAUAUCAAAAAUUCCGAUCACAUAACGAGGAUUUACGCAUGCGCCACCAUGUGGCACGAAACCAAAGACGAAAUGAUGGAGUUUCUCAAGUCUAUACUCAGGCUAGACGAAGAUCAAUCCGCCAGAAGGGUUGCGCAGAAGUACUUGAGAGUCGUCGAUCCCGAUUAUUACGAAUUUGAAACUCAUAUUUUCUUCGACGAUGCUUUCGAAAUAUCUGAUCACAACGACGAUGAUACUCAAGUGAAUCGAUUCGUUAAACUGUUGAUAGCUACUAUCGACGAAGCCGCUUCCGACGUCCACCAGACGCACAUACGAGUCCGACCUCCGAAGAAGAUCCCCACUCCUUAUGGGGGUAGAUUGAUUUGGCAGUUACCCGGGAAAACUAAGAUGAUAGCUCACUUGAAGGAUAAAAUGAAAAUCAGACACAGGAAGAGAUGGUCGCAGGUUAUGUAUAUGUACUACCUACUCGGACAUAGACUAAUGGAGCUGCCGAUAUCCGUAGAUAGAAAAGCUACAAUUGCAGAAAACACUUACCUACUAACCUUAGACGGUGACAUCGACUUCCAACCAUCGGCAGUACUACUUCUCAUAGAUUUAAUGAAGAAAAACAAAAAUUUAGGAGCCGCGUGCGGUCGUAUCCACCCAGUUGGAUCAGGACCGAUGGUGUGGUAUCAACUUUUCGAAUACGCCAUUGGGCAUUGGUUACAAAAAGCUACCGAGCACGUCAUAGGCUGCGUAUUAUGUAGUCCCGGUUGUUUCUCCCUUUUCCGAGGAAAAGCCCUGAUGGACGACAACGUCAUGAAGAAAUAUACGACAUGUUCGGGCGAAGCGAGACAUUACGUUCAAUACGAUCAAGGAGAGGAUCGCUGGCUCUGCACUUUAUUACUCCAAAGAGGAUAUAGAGUCGAAUAUUCGGCCGCUUCGGAUGCUUACACCCACGCCCCCGAAGGUUUCAACGAGUUCUUCAACCAACGUCGUCGAUGGGUACCGUCUACAAUAGCUAACAUCAUGGAUCUUCUAAUGGAUUAUAAAAAAACCAUCGAAGUCAAUGAUAAUAUAUCCAUGCCGUACAUCGGUUACCAGAUAUUGCUCAUGGGAGGUACCAUCUUGGGUCCCGGUACCAUAUUUCUUAUGUUGGUGGGGGCGUUCGUCGCUGCUUUCCAGAUAGAUAAUUGGACGAGUUUUUAUUACAACAUUUGGCCCAUUCUACUCUUCAUGUUUGUAUGUUUCACCUGCAAAUCGAAUAUACAGUUAAUCGUUGCUCAAAUUCUUUCGACUGGUUACGCCCUAAUCAUGAUGGCUGUGAUAGUUGGUACCGCUCUCCAAUUAAGAGAAGACGGCGUCGGUUCUCCUUCCGCCAUUUUCUUAAUAGCCAUGACGGGUUCGUUCAUGAUAGCCGCCAUUUUACAUCCGCAAGAAUUUUGGUGCAUCGUACCCGGUAUAAUUUAUCUAUUAUCGAUACCAUCUAUGUAUCUAUUAUUAAUCCUAUAUUCUAUUAUCAAUUUGAAUAACGUAUCUUGGGGUACAAGAGAAGUAGCCGUUAAAAAAACAAAAAAAGAAUUAGAAGAAGAAAGGAAACAAGCCGAGUUGGAGAAGAAGAAAGCGAAACAAAAAUCUUUAUUAGGGUUCCUUCAAAAUGGCGGCGUUAAUGAUGAUGAUGAAGGUAGCAUCGAAAUAUCUUUAGCCGGAUUGUUUAGAUGCAUGUUGUGCACUCAUAAAAAAUCCGGGGACGAAAAGGCGCAACUUAUGCACAUCGCGGAUUCGUUGGACGGUUUAGCUAAACGAUUGGACCAUAUAGAAAAGGUGGUUGAUCCGGCCGGUCACCGUUCGAGGAAACGGAGUAUGUCUUCUUCGUCUCGGCACGGCGAUCAUCUUAAACCGGUUAACGAAGAAGAGGAAGAAUCUUCGGACGAAUCAGAUGAUGAUACGGCGUCUAUUACACCGAAAAAUAAGCGAGACGAUUUGUUGAAUCCUUAUUGGAUCGAAGAUCCGGAUGUACUGAAGGGUGAAGUGGAAUAUUUGAGUAGCAACGAGUUGCAAUUUUGGAAAGAUCUGUUGGAAAAAUAUCUGUAUCCUAUAGAUGAGAAUAAGGAAGAGAAAGAAAGGAUAGCAAAAGACUUGAUAGAGCUACGCAACAAGUCGGUUUUUGCUUUCCUCAUGUUUAACGCUUUAUUCGUAUUAGGAGUGUUUCUACUCCAAUUGAAUAAGGAUCAAAUUCACGUUAAAUGGCCUUUAGGCGUUCGAACUAAUAUAACGUAUGUUGAGGAGACCUCAGAGGUCCAUAUAUCAAAAGAAUAUCUUCAACUGGAACCGAUCGGUCUUGUAUUCGUCUUCUUUUUCGCUUUAAUUUUGGUUAUACAAUUCGUAGCCAUGUUGUUCCAUAGAUUUGGGACUUUAGCCCAUAUUCUCGCAUCUACAGAACUCAACUGGACUUGUACGAAAAAGAAAGAAGAAAUGUCUCCUAACGCUCUUCUGGACAAACAAGCUGUGGAAAUCGUGAAACAACUACAACGUCUGCAAGGUAUCGAUGGGGACUACGAUAAUGAUUCCGGAUCCGGACCAGAUAGGAUCGGCAGAAGAAAAACUAUACACAAUUUAGAAAAAGCGGCUCAAAAGAAAAGACAAAUAGGCACUUUAGACGUUGCUUUCAAGAAGAGAUUCGCUAAACUCAACGCCAAUCCCGAAGGAGGUACGCCGGUGUUGAGUCGUCGAAUGACGAUGAGAAGGGAAACAAUGAAGGCACUGGAGGUUAGAGUAAACUCUGUGAUGGCGGAACGUAGAAAAUCCCACAUGCAAACUUUGGGCGCCAAAAACGAAUUCAAUGGAACCAACAACAAUAUCAGAACGCACAGGAGCAGUGUUGCCAGCAGUAUUCCCGCGAAAGAAGUUUUCGAAAACGGUCACGUUAAUCAGGCGUUCGAAGAGGAAAUUUAUGGUAGUAGAAACUCUUUACCGAUGCAUACUAGAGGUAACACUGUUAGUUGGAUGGGGAGUAAUAGUCGAAUGUAAAAUUUAGUUGGAUCAAAAUAUUGUUAUACAAAAUGUUCCAGUGUUCAAUUUUAGGUCCUUUAGUUUUGUUUGAAACGAUGUUGUUUCAGUAUGUUUACUUUCUUAGUCUAUGGAUUGAUCAAUAAAUCAAGUUUUCCGUCCUAUAUUGCCAGAUUGGUUAGAAAUUAUUAUAAUCUGUGAUUUUGUUAUCAAAAACAUGAACACAAUUAAAUAAUCUUCCAUUGAAACAAUUCGUUUUUAAAUGAAAAUUAAAUCUAUGCAAAAUACUCAAUUUUACUUUGUGAAUACUCGACGAAACUCAAUUCUAAUAUUGAAAUUUUUGUUUUGUAAAUAAUUUUUUGUACAUACACCAUAAUUUAAUUAUUUUUCGUAAUAUUUUUUUAAAUAUUUCUCCUAAAAAUAAGACUUGCUAGCUCAACUUUUUUAGGCAUCAUUUUGAUUAUUUUUUUAUAAUUUAAGUUGUAUUUAUAUAUUUUUAUAUUAAUGUGAUAUAUAUGCAAUAUAAAAUUUGUAUGUAA